AAAAAAAAGAAUAAGGCGGGAUAUGGCUAGAAGGAAUGGAUUUCAGCAACAGUGAAAAAAAUAUACGGCCAUUGUCAGAGUAUGUGUACGAAGGACUAUGUAAAAUAUUGGGAACUCAACACCAGGUUGCCAUGCGGAGAGAUGUUGUGGAUAUUUGGAAUAUAGUUCAAAAUCAGUCAAGAACAAAUACUAACGAGGACAGGCUAUGUAGUGGGAGCUAUGGUGAAGGAUUCAGACUGCAAAGUUCUGAUAGGGACAUAAUGAUAUGGCCAAAUCACCAUCGAGUGAUCUGGGACUUAUCUAAGGCCCAGCAUUAUUUUACAAACGGAUAUGUGCCAAUUCUUGCAGACAGUUCAGAAAGCACUCCGGGGUUUACUUUACUCUGGUUACCGAUACCGAUAGCACACGAGAUGGUUCUGUCAUCGUGCUUCACUUUGAAUGAAAGACUUUAUAUAUCUAGUUCUAUGUACAUAUUAAACGCAUGUUCCGUAGUAAAUCCUACGUCCACUAUACAUGGGCCAUGCAGCCGUUCUGUUUUUCAAGGAUUUGAAUUUGAUAAUGCCCACUGUUUUGCUUGUGAUUUUUGGCCUCCGUCAGCUUUUUUAUGGAUUGACAGAUGUCACUCAUGGCCUAAAUCUCAUGUUGUUCGUGGCAUUGUUAGAAACGGAUGUCAUCUUGUAGCAAUAGGACACAAAUUAGGGACUUAUGAAAACGAUGAAUGGAGGAUAUCAUUCUCUUUCGCUGAACAAAAACUUGUGUAUUCAAUGAACCACUGUCAAUUUUUGACUUAUGGCCUAUUGAAACUGUUCUUGAAUGAAGUUAUUAACUAUGAACAAACAGAAGAAAGUAAAUUACUGUGUUCCUACCACAUGAAGACGGCUGUUUUCUGGGUGAUUCAACAAAAUAAAAUACCGCACUGGUGUCCGCAGAAUCUUCUGGAGUGUUUCUGGGUCUGCUUUAAACUCAUUCUUAGUUGGGUAUAUGAGGGAAUGUGUCCUAAUUUUUUCAUUCCAGAAAACAACAUGUUUCUCACAAAAAUUCAUGGUGAAGCACAAACACUGUUAUUCCUUAGUUUGUAUGAAUUAUAUCAGAAUGGAGUAUCAUGCCUCUUAAAGUGUUCCUCACUAAGGCCCUACAUAUUAAAUGCACUUUAUAAUCCUAGAAGCUUUAUCUGUUUAGAUGAAAAAACUCGGAUCUCAGAAGCUGAGUUUGAUGUAGAACUAUUCGAAGAGAUAAUUUUUAAUGAACCAUUGCCACCUCAAGAUCUAUCUUGUUUUAUGAUAACCAUGCGUCAAAUAAACCAAUUGACUAAUUCCCCCUUGACAAAGUAUCAAGUUGUCAUGUUACAAAAAUGUACAGGAGUAAUGCUUCAGCACACUGCAUUUCUAUUACACAAUAUGCAUAAAAAAUUUAAAUUAUAUAACGACAACAAAGAUGAGAAAAACAAAGUGAUAUAUAUUUUUGAUAGAAUUUCCUGUCAUAUGCUGAAAUUGGCAGCUAAGUUUGGUUGUAUUACUGACAAGUUGUACCUCGCCAUGAAUUAUUAUCGCACAUGCCGCUACAGAGAAGCUUUAUCUGUGAUAGAGAGGACAAAAGUUGGAUUGAAACAGCCACAUCUGAUGUAUUUAUUUAAUACUGACAUACAGAUAUAUAGUGAGGCUGUAGGUGGAACUUCAUUGUCUACAAAAUUGGGACAGGCUGUAGCAAGCAUUAUCCUUCUUAACAAAGACAGAGUUUAUAUCAAUGAAUUAGUUUCAGAACAACACUGUGCUUCACAGGCAAAGGAAGGGGACGGGUUACUCAUCCCACCUUUUAUAUUGUUAUAUAUGCUGGAGUUCCUCUGUUUUAGACGUGUUGAGAUUCUAAGUGCACAACUAGCUCUAAGUAAUCUACAGAUCCUAGUUCACUGUGAUCAGGGGAUACAUAUCCCUCCAGAAUUGAGAGACAUAUCCUGGCAGAUCUUAGGGAUCUGUCAACAAAUUACUGGAGACCUCCAGGCUGCUCUGUAUUCCUACCAACAAUCACCCAGACAAUAUCCAUUCCAUAAAUUACACAAUGCGUCAAAGGAAAGAAUACAGAAUAUCAUGAUUUAAUGAAAGUAAUAUUAACCGUUCAAAAAUCGUGCUUGUAACGUGAUUUUUUAUGGUUUCAUGUUUCUGUGAAUUUUAAUACCAGUUUUGUUUUACGUAAUGAACUUAUAAUUUCAUUAUUAUAUAACAUUGAUUAUCAUUAUUAUCAUCAAUGAAACAUUGGAGAUAACAAACAGUUUUCAAGUUCAAAAGUCUAUAAAACGAGUUUGAAAAUUAUGUAAAAUUUAUUUAGUAUACUAUGGGUAGACUAUUACUUAUUCCUCUUUCUUUAUCUCACCCGCUUUUCAAUUUUGAUAAAAAAAAUUCUCCUUUAAACAUUUUGUAUUUAAAAGCAUAUUUUGCCUUACUUUUGAUACCGUUAUAAUUUUCAUUUAUGAUUGGGUAAAAAAAAUUAACAAAAAGAGCAAAAACCAACCUUACUUACCCCCUAAAAAGAAAAACGUCACGCGCUGUAAAUAAAAAAAAUGACUAUUUUAUAAUAAUAAAAGUAUAUAUAAUGAUUUAGUUGUUCUCAUGUUUUAGUGUUUUUGAUUUUAAUUAUUUAAUUUAGCAAAUAAAG